AUGCUUCUCCAAGAAAAGCUAGCCCAAGAGUUCACCAACGCCAUCAAUUUGGAGUUGCAGUGUGACAAUGUCCUCACAGACUCGUACCUUCUGAAAUAUACCCUGAAGAAACUCUCGUUAUUUGGGCUUGCCAUCAUCAACUUGACCAUGACCAACAUGAGAUCAGGCAUCGGCGGUAAGUCUCUAAUUGAGCUCAGUUUGGAUCCUGCUGUAUCUCAGCCUGAUGAAGAGAUCAAGGCUGGCACCAUACGAGUAGGUGACAUAGUGCAAUUGAACAGGAUGAAGAACGCAGCAGCGAAGGACGCUGACGCUGAGUCGACAGCUUUGGAAGGAGUAGUGAGCAGACUAAGUGCAACCUCAGUGACGGUGUCCGUGGAAGAAGAUUCCUCUGACGACAAGCUUCUCAACUUGUAUAACAACACAGGUAAUGACAAUGUGCGGAUGGCUAUCAUUAAAUUGACCAACUACGUCACGUAUAAGAGAAUGCUUCAGGCGAUGAAACGGUUGGAAACAUUAAGUGAGCUGAAUAAGAAUGAGGUUUUGAAAAUUCUACUAGGAGAGGCUUCGUUCAUUCCAAGGCCCAUGCCUAAGACAAAAACCUCCUUCUUUGAUAAGUUGCUCAAUGAUUCCCAGAGAAAAGCUAUUGACUUUGCGAUUCACAAGUCUCCGGUUACCAUCAUCCACGGGCCCCCUGGCACAGGUAAGACGUAUACUCUCAUUGAGCUUAUCAAGCAGUUGACAUUCAAUCACGGAGAACGAGUAUUGGUAUGCGGUGCUUCGAACAUUUCCGUAGACAACAUUCUUGAGAGGCUAUCUCCAGUAUUCACUGCUGAAGUUGAAGGCUCCACCAAGAAGCCCCGCAGAAAAGCUGCUAAGGCAUCUUUGAAUCCGGAACACCUAAUCAGAAUUGGGCACCCAGCGAGACUUCUUGAAGCCAACUACAAGCAUUCGUUGGAUGUGCUUCUGAAGUCGCUGGCACUGGCAAGCAGUGAGGCAGGAGAGCAAAGAGCUAUAUUGAGAGACGUAGAGAAGGACAUAGCGUCGACACUUUCCCAAAUAAAAAAGUGCAAAAGGUACGGCGAGCGGAAAGCACUAUGGGGAGACAUCAAGAGCCUUCGAAAGGAGCUCAGAACGAGGGAACAAAAAAUAAUUCUGGAUUUGCUACGCAACGCCCGGGUUAUCUUAGCAACGUUGCAUGGAUCAGGAUCCAACGAGCUAUUCAAUAUCUACAAGAGCGGAGAAUACGGUAUGGACAACCCCUUUUUCGAUACAAUUGUCAUCGACGAGGUAUCGCAGUCUCUUGAGCCGCAGUGCUGGAUAGCUCUUGCAACACAUGUUGGGUUUAAGCGGUUGGUGAUUGCAGGCGACAACUUGCAGCUUCCUGCAACGGUCAAGUCAAAGGAGGAAGCCGACAAGAUUCGAGCCUCGAAGCUGCUGGAGCCGCUUGCAGAUCUCGAGUAUACCCUAUUUGAUCGUCUUGUCAAAGAGCAUGGAGGCGAAGCGUACAAGAAGUUGUUGGACGUACAGUACCGAAUGAACACCGAGAUCAUGGAAUUCCCAUCCAAUACACUUUACGGCGGGAAACUCAAGGCGGCAGACUCGUGCAAAGAUAUCAUAUUAGCCGAUCUCAAGGCUGUGGAGGAGACUGAGGACACUUCGAUUCCAUGCGUUUGGUACGAUACUCAAGGAGGCGACUUCCCUGAAAGAGUUGAAGAUGAGGAGGACAUUAACAACGUGCUUGCCUCAAGUGGGUCCAAGUACAACGAUAUGGAGGCGAGUGUAGCUGUCCAGCACAUUGCCAAACUAGUAGAGGCAGGCGUGCAGCCCGAGCAGAUAGGAGUGAUUUCGCCGUAUAGUGCCCAAGUGGCGGUGUUGAAAAAAGCGAUCCAGAGAGAGAUGGAAAUUACUGGGGUGGAGGUCUCGACCAUCGACGGCUUUCAAGGGCGAGAGAAGGAGGCUAUAGUUGUUUCGCUCGUUCGGUCAAACGACGAGCGAGAAAUCGGUUUUCUAAGCGACAGGAGACGGCUCAAUGUGGCCAUGACGAGACCCAAGCGACAUCUCUGUGUGAUUGGCGACAUGGAGACUCUAGAACGCAGUGGCGAGCGAUUUCUCUGUGAUUGGGUGAGGCACGUUGACGACAAGUACGAGGUGAGGUAUGUGGAUGCCGUUGGGCUCUGA